AUGCUUCUGCGGGCGAGUUUGACAAAUUAUGACCCCAUGAGCCCAUGGAGCAUCGGACCACCGCCCAGAUCCUGUGGCCCAUCUGGGCAGUCAGUGGCUCAGUUCGCCAAGUCAAUUGUGUUCAGUUCGAUUCGCGGAAAGUGCGACAAUAGCAUCUUCAGCGACCUCAAUGAGGGUUGGCAAGAGCCCCCAACGCGAACAGAUAAUGUCAAUGCAACCUACUUUUCCCCGAGAAAAUUUGGCACGCUUUGGGAACGACUGCCUUCGGCAUUUUGCGAAUUACCAUCAAAGGACGAGAGUUUUAUUCCUGUGCAGGACUUUUUCGUGGCCGAACUGAGGGACUAUGUUGUCCCCACACAAAUCACCAUCGAUCAGGUGGUCAAUCCUGGGGCUGUGACUAAAAUAUGGCUGUAUAAUGUGGGAAAACUCUGCUGGCAUUUAGUGUGGUGCAAACCGCCCACGAGUGAUACCAAGAAAUCACGAGUCCUCUGCAUAAGCUUCAAGAAUCAAAUCACCUUCGGCACCAGGUUUCUUCGGGUGGAGAUGAACCAGUCCAAAUUGAGAAAUCACACGCAAAUCGGCUUGAUUGAGGUGUUUGGCGAGAAAUUCGUCUUAGGAUGCAGUCUUCAAGUGCUGAAUAUGAAGCUCGAGCGAAGAAAGAACUGCACUUUGAGGACUCUGAGGAAGGAAUACGAGAAGUGCAGUAAGAAAACCAACAUUACGGAAGAGAGUGAUGGUCUGGAGGCGGCAGUGAAAUUGAGGAAUCCUCAGAGAUUCCUAUUCCAGAACAUUAUUCAUCACAAGAAUGGUGAAAAUGCACUCACUUUACUCGAUUUGCCGUACGAACUUCAGACAAAGAUUUGCACAUAUCUGGAUUUGAAGACGCUUUUCACCUUAUCCAGCGUGAGCAAGAAAAUGUACAAUUUAGUCACUGAUCCCAUGAUUUACAGGGAGGUGAACUUGAGAAUGUACUGGCACAUUGUGAAUGAUGAGUUUCUCUUGAAACUCGCCAACAGAGCAACGAAGAUACGCAAGUUGGACAUCUCCUGGUGCGGAUGGCACAGUUCGAUUUCACCCUCAGUUUUCAUAUACUUUGUGCGAAAAUGCUGCCAAAGAGUCUCACAUCUCUGGGUGAAUUCUUGCAUAUUCCUCACAGUUGAGUGCCUCCACGUUGUGGCUAGCGUGUGCGAGGAGUUGCGCGAGUUCUCUCUGCACGGCUAUGGGAAGGUGUUCAGCAAGGUGGAUGACAUUGUGUUCUCAUCAGCGAAGCACAUGCGGAAGCUGGAUUUCUACCGUACUCAGAUUCACGAAAGCGUUCUGGAGAGAAUCCUUGCGUCCAGUGGAAAUUCUCUUCGCCAUCUCGGCCUCGCCGGUGGCUUCAAGUACGAUCUCGAUCGCAUAUCGCGUCAAAUUGCCAAGUACAACCGUGAUAUUGUCUCUCUGGACUUCUAUCAAUCGCGUUUUCUCACUCACAUCGGCCUGAUCGCCCUUUCGCAUUGCCAUAAACUCGAGGAGAUCGACUUUGGCUGGUGCUUUGACCACGUCAGCUAUGAGAAAUAUCUGUCCAAGAUACAUUACCAUGAAGUGUGGGAGUCGUUCUUCAAGAGUCAUCGCAACUUGAGAAAAGUCUUUCUCGUUGGAACACCAAAAUUCGACGAAUUCGAUGUGGAGAGCAUGAGAUCUUGCGAGAAUAUGGAGCAAAUCGAUCUCAAGAACAUUCGUGGCUUCUCAUCUGAACUGCUCCCGAAAUUUCGUGCCUAUUUUGCCAAUUUGCAGUAUUUCUCAAUAAGUAUUCGCGAUCCGACACUUUGCACGCCAGCCGUGGAGGAACCCAUCGAGAUCAAUUCCAGACACAACGUCCUCCCGAGCAACUACAUCACCGUCGCGCGACACUUCAAGCCAAAGACGUCCUAAAUGAAGUACAAAAUAAAAUGUUAACGAAGAAAACUCAUCGUGAGACGAUU